AUGGCGCUUGCUCAUCGCAACGUCAUGUCUGAAAUCCUAAAUUCCUCGCGCAUCAAGAUGUACUCUGAAGGCAGAGAUUGGGUUCUGCAUGUCCUCAUCAAGCAUCUAGAAACACUAUCUGAUGGCACCGUUGUUGCCAUGAAGAGCUUUCAGUUUGCUAUGUUUGCUCUACUAAUCCUCAUGUGCUAUGGUGAGAAGCUCGACGAGAAGGCAAUAAAAGACAAAGAAGUUGCAAAUAGGAACAGGCUUGUCUAUAUUAACAACCUUAAUGUCCUGAAUUUCUUCCCGGCUAUCUCGAAAUAUAUCUUUCGUGAACGGCGGAUGACAGCAUUGGCUCUGCGGCAGAAGCAGAAGGAGCUGUAUGAGACUGUAACUCUUUGUUUGGAGUUUCUUAAUGCUGGCACUGAUACUACAGCAACAACGCUGCAAUGGAUCAUGGCAAAACUCAUGAAGCAUCAAGAAAUACAAAAUAAACUAAAUGAAGAAGUUGAUAGAGUCAUGCAAAAGGGAGAGGGGAUUAAGGAGAAGUACUUGCAAAACAUGCCAUAUCUAAAGGCAGUGGUUUUAAAACGUAUGAGGAGACACCCACCAGGCCAUUUUGUGUUGCCACAUGCAGCGACAGAGGAGAUUGAGAUUGAAGGAUACACAAUUCCCACAAAAGCAUCGAUUAAUUUCAUGGUGGCAGAAAUGGGAUUGGAUGAGAAAGUUAGGGAGGAUCCUUUGGAGUUUCAACCAGAGAGAUUCUUAACUGGUGGAUCGGGUGAAGGCGUGGAUAUAAUAGGGAGUAAGGAGAUCAAGAUGAUGCCUUUUGGAGUUGGAAGAAGGAUCUGCCCUGGGCUUGCACUGGCCAAACUUCAUUUAGAGUACUUCGUGGCAAAUUUAGUGAAGAAGUUUGAACGGAAGAUGGGGGAGGGCGAAGAUGUUGAUCUGUCAGAGUGCAAGGAAUUCACUACUGUGAUGAAGAAUCCUCUUCGUGCUGGUUAACUCCAAGGAUAAGUUCAUAGAAAUGUGAUGAGGUUGUUCUUUCUAUUUAAAUCGGGAAUUCCACUGGUAUGAUUUCCAAAUCUAGUUAUGAAUUUCAGUUGAUCAUGUCGAUACCUAUUUAUAUAUGAAUAGAUGUUCAAUUAUCAUGAAUUUGAGAUUUUAUGCAUUUACUUAAUAAAAAUUUCUUUGGCACAUUGAACUUCAAUUAUUUUUUAAAACUUACUUAAAAAAACAAACAAUUAAAAGCAAUUCCUGGGAAUGUUACGGAUCAAAUGUUGUUGUGAAAAAGUAAUGAGAACUUGUACUUCUAAUUGGGUGAUCAGCUUAAAACAAUUGCAAAGAAAAGGGUAAUUGGUAAAAAAGCUGCUUCUGUCCUUUCAUUCAAGAAACUAAUUUCCUCUACAUGCUUUAGUUAUGAGCCUGCCAGAACUUGCCAGCUCCUAGGAUCAUGCGAUGCGACGAUAAGAGGUUCACCUUCCAAUAAUCAUAUUUCAGCAUACAUGCCAACAAUAAGUAACGGCCAACAAUAAGUAACGAGUCCACAUUAUGGAAAAGUAAUGUUAUACUCUAAAGAGACAAGAAGAUAGGUCCCUUCUACUAAUGUCGUAAGAGCUAGACAAUAUUCGAGAGCGCUAAAAAUGUUAACUAUAGCUGGAAGUAGG